AUGGCUCGAUUGGGUAAGCAUUCUCAUGUCCCUUCUGACCUUUGUAGAGAAUUUUGGAGUUGGAUCUUGUCUUUUUUGGCCCUUGGGGAAUUUUUGGUGUACAUGGCAAGAACUAAGCAAAUGGGGCCAACUCCCCUUCCACCCUCAGGCACGAAACCCAAUCCUUUACCACCCGCGAGCACAAGACAACAUAAAAGGACAGUGGCGAGGCCUAGUGGUGGAAGUGGGGAGAGGAGGACAAAACAAAAGAACAAUGCUCACAUGGAGAACAUUGAGGAAAAGAAUGUGACAUGCGAGCGUCACAUGGACAAGCCCUCCCUAUGA